AUGGGUGAGCACGCUUUUGACUGGCUUCGGGAGAAGGCGAUCGGAUGGAGUCACACACCUCCGGUCAACAAGAUCGAUACUCACCAUCACUUCGUGCCACCGUUCUAUGCAAAGGCGAUUGAGGAUCAAGGAGGGGAUCCUAGUGGUUGGCCGACUCCCCGCUGGUCCUCCUUGGCAUCCAAGCUUCUGAUGAAACGUGUCGGCGUCCAGACUGCUGUUCUCUCCGUGACAGCCCCGGGAGCUUGUAUUCUUCCAGAUCGUCAAAGACGUGCCCAGCUUGCACGCCAAUUAAAUGAAUACGCAGCGGAGCUUCGGGACAAGGACCCCAGGUCUUUUGGCUUUUUCGUCUCUUUACCCAACAUCCUGGACACUGAAGACGCCCUGGCAGAGAUAAAGUACGGAUUGGAUACGCUGCAUGCCGAUGGAGUUACCCUUUUUACCCGAUACGGUGACUCUAACACGUAUCUUGGACACCCGGACGUGGAACCGAUCUGGAGUGAGCUGAACAGGCGAGGCUGCGUCGUGUUCGUUCAUCCAACACAUCCAGUAGACACCAAUCCCGUCAAUUCCAAACUACCUCAGCCAAGUAUCGACUAUCCGCAUGAGACCACCCGUACUGCCAUGGACAUGAUCACCAAUGGCACGCGCCUCAAGUACCCCAACUGCAAGGUUAUUCUAUCCCAUGCUGGGGGGUCGUUACCAUACAUCAUCUCCCGAGUUGCGACGCCGAUGCGAAAAGCGCCAGACUUUGCGGUUUCGCACCGCAUGGGAACAACCCAUGACAAGACUAUGGAAGCAUUCCGCAGUUUCCAUUACGAUCUGGCAUUAAGUGCCUCCCCACAAGUCAUGGACCUUCUCCUCAAGAUGGUUCCCCAUGAUCAUAUCUUGUACGGCAGUGAUUUCCCAUAUGCACCGAUAACUGCGUACCCUGCUUUCCUGGAGGAGUUGGAGUCUUAUGAGAUGAGCUGCGAGCUCCGGGACAAGAUCAACUUUGGGAAUGCAAUGAAGUAUCUUCGGAUGCUUCAUCAUCGUAUCCGAGAGCUGGAGGAAACAUGCACCAAAGCAGGGGUCCCCGUACCUGCAUUUGGAGGCGAGAGCCUCAUGGACAACUCUUUGACAGCUGAGAACGAUUCGGGUGACGCCUCUGGGUUGCUGGAUCAGGCCAUAUUGUCAACUACAACGAGCGCGCAAGCACAACAACAUUCGCCUACACACCAUACAGAGCCGGCCAGAUCGCAUCCCGUGAACAGUGACGUGCAUAUAUAUAGUCCUCCCGUGACUGAGACUGAGAUCUACCCUUCGACCCCAUUUGAACCUCAUAGUAACGUCACUGGAAUGGGCGCGAUCAGUUCUGUCGAUGAGUCUGGGAGACCUGUGAACGAAUACUUUGGCAGCUCAUCAGCCGUUUCUCUAAUGCGACUACUGGCGAAGGGCUCAGGCAGACCUCACAACACAACAAUUCGCAACAUCGCAGAACAUACUCCGAGUCCAUUAAGUCGAAGGGAAGAGAUGUCGUCCUUAACACAAGGUGCCGGGGCACCCCAAAGCAAAUUUCAGGUAGAUGAGCUUCUCCUUCCGCCAAGGGACUUAGCAGAUCACCUAUUGGACUGCUUCUGGGACCGGAUCUACUGUCUCUACCCAUUUUUUCACCGUCAGAGCUUACAAGACGCCUACGAUAAUCUAUGGGUCGCGCGUGAGCAGCCCACCAAACCAUUAAGCAACCUUGAUAUUGGACUGGGAAACAAAAAUCAUUCGGGGUCUCGAUCGAUCGUGUUCAUCUGUGCGCUCAAUAUCAUUUUUGCUCUUGGCUGCCACUUUGCCGAUAUGCCAGUCCACGAGCGAGAAGCGGCUGCCCAUACCUUCUUUCUCAGGGCGAAGAGGUUUAUUGGUCUUGACAUUCUGGACAUCUGCACAGUCGGCACUGUCCAAUGCCUUCUACUGGCCGGAUUAUUUCUGCAGUCAACGCCCUACCCCCAUCGAUGCUGGCACUCCAUAGGUGUGGCUUGCCGCGUGGCCCAGGGACUGGGCCUCCAUGAAGCGCAAUUGGAUGACAAUGUACAUCCGCUCGAACAAGAAAUCCAACGCCUCACUUGGCAUGGAUGCGUGAUGAUGGAUAUGUUUGUAAGCAUGACUUACGGUCGGCCAACGAUGACCUCCCAUUUACCAAGUGUUCCACUCCCGGCAUGCUCUGAAGCGGGAUCCGGGGAAGACCAAAGCCCAUCUGUGAUGGUCUUCUACAUUGCCACCAUAGAAUUGUACAGAAUCCUAGACAGUAUAUUAUCUGACGUGUAUCAGGUCUGGUGGAGCAAAAGCAGUGCAACCCCGGGUGGCCCUACAGCAAAGCAGGGAGGCUUAGAUGUUAUUAUCUCUUUGGAAGAGAAGCUGUUCGAGUACGAGUCCAACCUACCAUCGUUCUUGAACUGGACGAAGCCAAUGACGCCAGAACCUAUGUCAGCCAAGCAGCUCAUCUUGAGACGCCAGAGAAAUGUGCUCCAUGCAAGGUAA